AUGCUCUUCGCUGCGUUGGUGUUCGCGUUGGCGGUGGUGCUCCUUCUCGUCCCUUUUCGCACAAACAUCGAUGCCAGCGGCAGCGCUGAUCUCUCUGACGGGUCGGACAUCAAGCCUCGACAGCCUCUGCUGGACGCCGAAGACUGGUUCCUCACUGAGGAGGAGAUCACCGAGUCCCGAGGUGGGAUUCCUCGCGAGGGUAUGGCGGUGUACUCGACCGGUAACAAGGUGACGUCUUACACGGUGUCCGACGAGUUUUUCAACGCGGUUUACGACGAUCUCAGCUCGACGAAAGAGGGGGAUCGGGUUUUCACUGGAAUUGUGGAGCGAGGUGGAAGCGUCAACAUCCUGGCCUGGGCCAACAUCGGUGUCGGAUACACGCCCUACAUCCUCAAGGCUCGCGACGCUAUCAACAGUAUCCCCGCGUCGUCCAUCAACGGAGCCAAGGGAGCGUUAUCCUCGCACCACCAGAAGAACAUGGUGAUUGCAGUGAACAGCUCCAAGGACGAACGCGCUCAGCCUGUGGCUUAUGUCGGUGGCAUUGAUCUCGCCAAUGAUCGGUGGGAUACCAUCUACCACAACGCCACUGCGAUCCGUGAUGAGGGUCACAUUACAUUCCGAGAGAAAGGCUGGAUGGACGGCCACAUUCGUAUCCACGGCCCGGCAGCGAAGGAUGUCGCCACCAACUUCCUGGAUCGCUGGAACUCCGACUACUUGCCGUGUCAGGGCCUUAACGACGACCUGCUGGACUUUAAGAACCCGAAGUACGAUCACCUGCCUCCUCUAGACUACGCCAGCAGCAACACGACAGCGAGUUUCGGCAAGCAAAGCGUCCAGAUUCAUUACAAGGAGUUCGCGCCGCGCGGUGAAACUUCCCUGUUCCAGGCACACAUCAAGGCGAUCAAGAACGCUAAAAACUUCAUUUACAUCGAGGAUCAGUACUUCGUGCUGGUGCCUGAGAUGCUGGACGCGAUCAUGGAGGUGAUGCCCAACAUCCAGCGCCUCAUCGUCAUUGCCAACGAGGAAACCGGGCCGUUCACGAACGCCGGGUACAUCAAGUACCUGUACCAAAUGGUCGAGCCUAUUCGGUCGAAAUACCCGAACAAACUCAAGCUCUACACCACCAAAGCCGACCGGAAGAUAUACAUCCACAGCAAAAUCAUGAUCAUCGACGACGUGUUCUUGACCAUCGGCUCGGCCAACUGGAACCGCCGCAGUAUGACUUCAGACUCGGAGCUGAACGCUGAUGUUGUGGACACUGACACGGUGAAAUCCCCCGAUGGAGUUAUCGUAGGCAAGAUCCCGCGAGACUUUCGCAUUCGCAAGUUCGUGGAGAUGACGGGACUGAGCUACGAGAAGCUGGACGCCAUGACGUUCAUCGAGGCCGCAGACCAGCUACCGAUUGCCGCUGAUGAUGAAUCGUCCAUCCUGGACUACCUGGAGAUUGAGCAUCACUCGUAUUUCUUCGCGAUUACGGACGCCAUUAGGAAGCGGCAGUGGUAG